GUUCUGAAGUUGGAUGAAGAGACAAGUGUAUCUGUGACAGUCUGUUGGGUCCGAAGUAAAGCGACCAAGGAGACAGAUAAAGCCUCUAGGGGGCCAUGUCUGGCAGCAGCAGUACUAACAACAGCUGGACAAUCCUCACUCCUGAGGAGACUGCUGCUGAAACCCUGAGGCCUUUGGCAGAAGGGACAGAGCACCAUGAGGAAACCCAUACAUCUACAGCAGGCAGUGGGGCAAACAAGCAGCCUGCAGAGGAUACAGCGCCUGCAGAGGGACUCUCUGUGGAGGAACACCUGGUAUCAGAAGAGAAAAAAGGAGAGCCAAGUGAAAUCUCCAGCACAAAUCACCAUGCUGACGUGCCCAUCACUAUCACUGAUGCCCCCGUACCCUCCUCUCUGGAAGUCUCGAGCAGCUCCUUCCCUGGCGGUGAUGCACUCAUCCAGUCAGAGGGCCUAGCUGAGGGCAUGGCACAGUCCACCCCAGACCCUGAUUCAUUCUCUGACUCCUACACCCACAUAAGUCCCUCCCCUGAGGAGCCCCCAGCCUCACUGCUGAGCACAGAAACUCUGGGAGGGAUUGAGUUUACACAGGAAAAAGAGAGGCCGGCACAGGAAAGAGCGUUGCAUCCGUUAAAUGGGGAGGAGCUACAACGGGAAGGGGAGGAGUCAGGCCUGUCUCCAAGGACAACUGACUUAGGGAAACAGGCAGACUCCCCAAGGGAAUCAGAGGUGGGGGAUGAGAGGGCAGAGAAAACGGGAGAGGAGGGAGAGCCAGAGGUGAGGAGAAGGAGGUCUCUUUUGGCAGCUCUGGAGCGGAUUGGAAGAGCGGAGGAGGAAGAAGAGGCAGAGGAAGAAUUUCAGCUACCACAGCGAGACGAAGAGAGUGGGUUCUCUGUGAACAAGUGCAUCCUGGGUGCCAUCAUUCUGGUAGGCCUCGGGACCAUCUUUUUCUCAGGUGUCUUCAUGGACCUGGAUGAGGAGAGUGACUAUAACACAAGGGAGCUGAAAGAUCCAGAUGUACUAGGAAAACAGGAGUGGCUUAAUCCAGAGGUUCCUCCACCCCCAGCAGAUGCUGACGGUACAGAUCUUCUAAAUAAGAUAGCCGACGAAAACCAGCACAUUUCUGCGCUACAUGACCAACUUCAGGCACAGAAAGAAGAGCUAAAAGUAGCCAAGGGACAGGCAGCAGAGGGGGCAGCGGAGCGGCUGCAGAGGGAGGAGGUGGAGAAGGAAAACAGUAGGUUGAAGAAAGAGAUUGCAUCUCUCCCUGUCCUUCAAAAAGAGAACGAGAGGAUGAAGAGAGAGCUGGAGUCUGUCUCGUCCCUACAGAAAGAACUAGACACUCUGAGAUCCACUCUGACUGAAAUAAAACUCUCAUCAGCCAGUGAAGCAGCCAAGAUGCCUGUGAAGCCUACUGCAUCGCCCCCCAGUGGUCAGCCAGAGGACAGCAAACCGGUCACAGCUGGAUCCACUGAGAGACACCCCAGGAAACCACUAGAUGAGCAAAGGCCUGAUAAGAAGAUAGAUUGGAAGAAGGACAAACAUGACAUGGGCGAGAAGAAAGAGUGGAAAGAGAAAGAAAAAUCUGAAUGGAAAGAAGGAGAGAAAAAGAAGAGCAAAGAUGGGGGUAAAACAGAAUGGAAGCAGAAGGAGGUGAAAAAGGCGAAACAUGAGCAAGUAAAAUUUGACAAGGAGAAAGAAAUGGAAGGUAAGCAAAAGAAGCACAGUGAUGACAAACAAAGGAAGGAGAAAGACUGGAAGAAAGAAAAGGCAAGCAGAGGGGAUGAAGGAAAACCAUGGAAGGAUAGGGAAGGGAAGAAAGAAAGGACAGAAAAGAGUGAAAGAAAAGAACUGAAGGGAGAGAAAGACUGGAAAAAGCCAAAGUAUGAGAAACAGAGUGAGGGUAAGCAAUGGAGGGGGAAAGAGGACAACAAAGAUUGGAAGGGAGGAAAAGAACAUGGAGAGAGACACAAGGGCAAGGAGGAGUGGAAGGGAGAGAAGGAGUGGAUGAAAUCAAAAGAUGGCUUUAAGGAAAGUGGCAAAGACAAGUGGGAGAAAAAAGAUUGGAAAGAGAAAGGAGAGAGGAAGGAGUGGAAGAACAAAAAUGGCAAAGAUCAUGGUAAAGAAGAGAAAAGAAAGGGUGAAAGGAAACAGUGGGAAACUAGCGAAAAUCAUGGUAAAGGGAAGGGGAAGAAUGAGAGGAAACAGUGGGGUGAGAGCCAUGGAAAGACAAAAAAUGGUAAAGAUGAUAAGGACUGGAAGAAGACGGAUGAGUGGAAGCAGUUGGAAAAGAAAAAAGAGGAGUGGAAGAGAGGAGAACAGAAAGAGAAAAAGCAGUACGGAGAGUGGAAAAAGGACAAAUCCAGCUUCUACAAAAACAAAGACGAGCACAAGCCUACCAGUAAUCACCACCACCAUGAGGAGCAUCUGUGGAGUGACAAGAAGCACCCUCAUACACACCACCACCCCUCCCUUGAUCAACCUGAGUACUGGGUACAGCAAAGAGACCGCCUCCAGCAUAGCCCUAAACUUCCACAGCAAUGUAACUCACUGGAGACCUGUGCCCAGGCAGAGGGGCUGCUCCCUGUCCCUUUACCCGAGUUCGAGGCCAUCCUCCAAACAUAUCUAGCCAAGGCAGAAAAGGCCGGUGUGGAUUCCUCCAAAAGAGAAGAGCUCAAAAAGCUAGCCACAGAGUUCUUCAAGGACGAGGUCUUCGUUCAUAACCAGAUGAGCUUUCAAGAUUUCGUCCAAGAUGUGGGCGAUAUUUUAGAAGACAUGGUGGAUGCGGAUGAGGACAGUGAAGAAGAGGAUAGUGCCAUAGAGGAAGAAAUGGAGCAGUUUGAAAGAGAAGUCAUGAAAAAGUUUUCAGUGCCAGGAGCUGGAGGGAAAGAGGAGAAAAUGAAAGGGGAGUGGAAGAAGGAAAGUGGCCGAGCACGUGGCUGAAGAAGUGAUAGAAUUGAUGGAUCUGUCACAUGAAGCUUAAGAGGAGUCAUUACAGAUGAUGGGUUAUUCAAAGGGAACACUUAAUAAUGGACCACAAAUGCUUACAAGUACGCAUUUAUCAUGCUGUCAUCGUUUUUAAAGGAUCUUAUUUUUGCCCCUUCCCUAUGUUGUCCAAGAGAUUCAACUUAAAAUUUCAUUUCAGUGACAUUAUACUUGUUAGAUUUUGUUGAAUGUUAUUCUGUUUUAUUUCUGACUCUCACCUCCAGAAUAUAUAAUAUAAAGUCUUAUUCACACACUGCAUCUCUUAUUCAAACACUGUUGAAGUCUGUUCACUGGUCAGGCAGGCUCCUACGCUAUGCCAUCUUAGUGUGUUGAUUGCUUUAUUCUGACUGAUAAUGUCAGAUGAUCUUCAAGUCAUUAAUAAACAGCUUUUUAUGAAUUGGGGGGCAUACAGUAAACUGUUGAAAAAACUGCUGAAUAUUUUAUGUGAAAUCAGAAGUCAUUGAAAUCAUUGGGUUUUUUUCUUUUGAAUGAAUGUACAUAUUUCAUUAAACACAUUUGUUUAAAGAACUAUGCUAAAAUGCAGAAAUAUAUAGUUAACUUAUUUUAUAGUCUGGCAUAAUAUAGUUUAAAAAACCGAUUGGUUGGCACAUAAAAUAUUGACAUGUUAAGCAUGUAUGUUUCUUUUCAGGUACACAACUCUGCACUAAAAUGUCCUUAAUUAUUGUUUAAGUUGUAUGAAUGUAGCAUUUGUUUAUAUUGAUUAAGCGGGCUAUGGAACUGGCAAAAUAGUUUGCAAAAUAAAGCAUGUUUUCUUUUCUGUUUACCUGCUAACUUAUGAAAUGUUGUUGAUUCAAAGGCCUGUAGCCACAUUAAGGUUGUUUUUCAGAGGGUAACAACACAGAACCACGUACUUUGUUUGUAAGGAUGUUCAUAUUUGCACCUACUAUUUUCGUAAGAGCAGUACAAUAAAUUUGAUGCAUCCAUGUGAUGAA